AUGCCCUCCAACACCACGUUCGCUGACGAGGUGGCCGCCACACGGGCUCGCCUGGAGGCCAGAGAGGCUGCAAAGGCCGAGGAAGCCGCCGCCGCACGUGCUGUCGUCGACCACAAGCUCCGCAAGGUGGCCAGGAAGAAGGACCGUGAGGCUGCGGCUCGCCGCCAGCUCCUCGCUGCCUUCCGCGAGCACGAAGAGAGGAGGAAGGAGGCUGCCCGCCGCGAGGCUGCUGCCCUGCGCAGGCGCCUUGUCCGUGCGGGCUCACUGGUCUGGGGCGACGCCGCCGCCAGUGACGACGGCUCGGUCGCCUCUGACGCCUCCGACGGCGAGAGCACAGACACGCCCAUGGCCGCACCCUACAACCGCUCUCUCGCCGCCGUCAUGCGCGAUAGCGGUACCCAUGCGUCCGGCACUUCAAACUAUGGCGGCGCCGCGGGCGAUGACGACGAUGAGCUGUACUCGUCAGACACAGACCCGCUCGGCUCCUUGGUCAUCUCCCACAGGCUCCUCCGCAACGGCUUCUCAGCAGACCUAGGCGAGGAGCGCGAGGCUGAGAUCAAAGCUGCGCUCAAAGAAAUGGCUGUUAUCAAGCGCAAGCGCAUCCUCGGCUCUGUCCUCCGCUUGCAAGGCUGGAUCCGCGGCUUGCGCGAGCGCAAAGCCCUCGCCGACCAGGGAGUCCUCCCGCAAGGUGCCCGCUUCCGCGCCGUCCCGAUCGUUACCGACUCGGGCAUGCGCCUGCCCAAGGUCCUCAUCGCCCGCCCGCAGCCGUACGCCGCCAAGCAUCUGGCAUUUGAGGUCAACGGCUGUGAUUUGGUCACUCUGGUCGAGCUCAUCACCCAGCCGAACGUCGCCCGCUCUGACCUCACUCGUCUCGUCCUUGUCACCCACACCGCGUUUGUCACCACCCACACCCUCGUCACCCUCCUCACCCUCCGCUUCGACUGCAUGCCGCUCUCGCACGUCACGUACUUUGUCGCACACACCCUGCCCGGCAUCCAGGCCAAGGUCUUUGACGUCCUCGGCCUCUGGAUCUCAGACUACUUUGUCUCUUUUGCAGACCCAGAAAGCGCUGCCGCCAAGACCCUCGUCGCAUUCCUCGAUCGCGUCGCCGACCUGCAUACCUGCUACUGUCUCAAGGCCACCCGCAAGCUCGCGCGCAAGCUCAAGCGCAAGUAUCUCAAGCGCGUCGAGUCCUACGCCGCAGACCGCCGCGGCCUCGGCCCGCUCUCCGCCAAUGACGCCGUCGCCGCUCCGCAGUCCAUCCUCAUCGGCUCCACCACCAUGGCCUUCUCCGUCCUCGAAGUCCACGCCCUCGAGGUCGCCCGCCAGCUCACUCUCCUCGACUUUGCCGCCUUUCAUGCCAUCGAGUCGGUCGAGCUGCUCAAGCAAAAGUGGGCCAAGCACCCCGACGAGUGCCCCAACGUCAUCGCCGCCAUCGAGCGGUUCAACACAGAGGUUGCCUGGGCCGCCACAGAAGUUCUUCGCGGCGAGACCACAGAAGUCCGUGCCCACGCCAUCUGCCUCCUCCUCGACGUCGCCGCAAACCUCUCCGCCCUCCACAACUACGCCGGCCUCAUGGCCAUCAUCUCUGCCCUCUCUUGCGCCGCCGUCGAUCGCCUCAAGUGGACCUGGGCCCGCGUCCCCGAAGACUACAUGACCAUCCUUGCUGACCUCCGCGAGCUCAUGUCCAUGUCACACAACUACCGCGCUUACCGUGACGUUCUCCGCAAGUCGCUCCCGCCGCUUGUCCCCUACCUCGGCGUCCACCUCCAAGACCUCGUCUUUAUCGACGACGGCAACGAGACACGCCUCGCCGUGCCUGACUCGGACGACGACGAUGACGAUUCCGACCGCGGCGCCGCUCCGCUCUCGUCACUCAUGGCCGCAGAUGCCCUCGCGGCGUCGGACUCGGACUCGGACUCGGACUCGGACUCGGAAGCUAGCGCUGCGAGCAAGGGAAGGCCGAUCGCUCCAGCAUCUCCUGCCGCACCGGUCGCUCCGGCUGCAAACCCACUGCACGACCUGUUCAACAUCGAAAAGCAGCGCAUGACGUACAACGUCAUCUGUGAAGUCCUCGCCUUUCAGGCCAAGCGCUACAUCUUCCACCCGGUCGAUUCAAUCGUCGCCUACCUCGACUCGGUCCCCGUCAUGGACGACAAGGCCCAGUACGCCCGCUCACUCGAGGUGGAGCCGCGCGGCUGGGAGCCGUCGCGCAAGGAUCGUCGUCCAAUCGAGCACCACCCGCAAGAGGGCUCCGAGCGGCCGGAGCUCGACGUCGUCGACGCCCGCUUCAUGGACGAGAUUCUCUCUGUCAUGCGCCGUCGCCACCUCGACCCGGGCGUCGUCGUCGUCCGCAAGGGCGACCUCGGCUCGUCCAUGUACUUUGUCGCCGAGGGCGUCGUCACCGUCGAGCUCGACUCGGGCAAACAGUUUGACCUCAACCAGGGUGCCUUCUUUGGCGAGAUCGCACUCUUCCUUGAGCAGCCGCGCUCCGCCACCAUCCGCGCAAAGACUGAUGUUGUUCUCCUCGAGCUCACAAAGACCAACCUCGAUCCGGUCCUCCGCAAGUUCCCCGCCAUGUACAUGGAGUUCAAGCGCCUCGGUGAAGAACGGCUCGCAUCCGACCACAAGGGCAAGCCUGAGAUCCCAAAGUGGAUGCAGAAGGUUUCGGCCAUGUGA